AUGGCGGUGGGUGGGUCGAUGCAGCACAGGAGCCCGAGGACGCCUAGGGAAUCUGUCUAUCGCCCAUAUAUAGAUUUGUUGGCCGAUGAUUCACCUAGUACUGUUCCGGAGACUCAGUACGCCGACAUCGAGACUUUCUCCUUUGAGCAGUUGGGGCAGGAGUUGGGGCUAUCGCCGAUAUGUGAGACUCCCGAUGAGGCGGAGCCUGCUGCAAGGGCUAGGAGCAAAGGCAAGGGUAAGGCCAGGGGCGGGGGUAGGGGCAAGGGAAAAGUUCCGAGCUCUUCCUCGCACACGGGGGCAGAGGAGGAGGAGGAUGAGCGGGAGAAGAGGACGAUCUGGACCGUUUGGGAAAAUGUCGCGCUUGCGAAGGCCUGGAUCGGUGUAGUAGAGGAUCCCUAUGUCGGGCCGAACCAGUAUGUUGACCGAUUGUGGCUUCGCAUUAGUGAGGCCUACCUCAUAUGCAAACCGUCUGGGGCGAAGCCUCGCACUACCGAGCAAUGUCGGAAACAGUGGCUUCGGUUGAGGCCUAAGCUCAGUCGUUUUGCCGCCCUCUACCAAAACAACAUGCGCAUGGCAACCAGCGGCAUGUCUGAGGAUGAUGUAAGGAAACGAGCCUUGGCGCAGUACCCCGACAAAGAUUUGAAGAUCAAAGAUUUUGACCAAUGGGAGGCCUUUCUCGUGGUCAGGGAUUCGCAAAAGCUUUUUGUGGGUGUCGACUCGGGCUGGAAGCUGACGAAGAUCAAUUCUUCCGGUGAGUAUAGCAGCAGUGCUGGUUCGCACAAGGUCCCCGAAGCCGAGGAAGUGGCCCCACUACCACGAUCAGACUCUCGCCGUCGUCGUCGCUCGAUGGGGCAAAAGGCUGCGUAG